AUGGGCGCCCGCGGGACGUUGCGGAUAAAUAAUCCGGGGGCGGCGGCCGUGGGUGGAGAGGGGGUGCAGAGGCUCAGGCCCGAUUCAGCACCCAAGAAGAGAAACUGGGGUACCCUCUGCAUGGCAGUCAUGGCCGUCCACCUGAUCCUGCUCACAGCCGGCACUGCGCUGCUGCUGGUGCAAGUUCUCAAUCUGCAGGUGCGGCUCCAGAUCCAGGAAACAUACUUUGGCAAUGAGACACUGGCUACUGAGGACAAGCCAUUCUUCUGGGCGCUGACACAACCCAAAACACACCUGGUACCAGGAGGGCUGGGACCACAAACCCUGCAGGACCAGCUCACCCUGGUCCGCACCAGCCAGGAGCAACUGCGUCAGCAAGUCCACAACCUCACUCGGAAUCCAGAGCUGUUCCGGAUUAAGGGUGAACGAGGUUUCCCAGGUCCAAAAGGGGCCCCGGGUACGCCUGGAAUCCCUGGUCUGCCUGGACCACCUGCCGAGAAGGGAGCAAAGGGGGUUGCAGGUCGUGAUGGAACCCCAGGUCUCCGAGGACCCCAGGGCCCACCAGGGAUCAAGGGAGAGGCAGGCCUCCAGGGACUCACGGGCACGCCAGGAAAGCAAGGAGCAGAUGGUGCUCCAGGACCUCAAGGAGAGAAGGGAAGCAAAGGUGACAUAGGUCUCAUUGGCCCUAAGGGAGAACAUGGCCCCAAGGGAGACAAAGGGGACUUAGGCCUUCCAGGAAGCAAAGGCGAUGUGGGCAUGAAGGGAAACACGGGGGUCGUGGGGCCCCCUGGAGCCCGGGGAGAUAAAGGCGAUGCUGGAAAACCAGGCCUUCCAGGUUUGGCUGGGUUUCCUGGAGCCAAAGGUGAUCAAGGAAACCCUGGAGUGCCCGGUCUUCCAGGCCCUCCUGGUUCAGCGGGACUUUCAGGUGCUAAGGGUGAGCCAGGCCGCACUGGUCCUCCCGGGCCAUCAGGACUCCAAGGGAUGGCUGGGAAUCCAGGGGCUGCAGGUAUGAAAGGAAGCAAGGGAGACACAGGAAUUCAAGGACAGAAAGGCACAAAAGGAGAAUCAGGAGUCCCAGGCCCUGUAGGCAGAAAGGGAGACACUGGAAGUCCUGGACUGGCAGGCCCCAAAGGAGAACCUGGACAAGCUGGCCAGAAGGGAGACCCUGGGGUGAAAGGGUCUUCUGGCCAGCAAGGACAAAAGGGGGAAAAGGGUCAAAAAGGCAGUUCCUUCAAAGAAGUCCGGAUCGUGGGUGGCACCAACCGAGGCCGAGCCGAAAUUCUCUAUGACAAUAUCUGGGGGACAAUUUGUGAUGACGAUUGGGAUAACAAGGAUGCCACCGUCUUCUGCCGCAUGCUCGGUUACUCCAGUGGGAUUUCACUUAGCAGCUAUGGAGGUGGCACUGGGAAAAUCUGGCUGGAUAAUGUGAACUGCGCGGGGACAGAAUACAGCUUGUGGAGCUGCACUAAGAACUCCUGGGGCACUCACAAUUGCAAUCACGGUGAAGAUGCAGGCGUGGAAUGCCGCUGACUUGGGAGCCCCAGAGGUCACUGCUGCUGUGUCCCCAGGUGUCUUGGGGGCUCCACCCACGUAGAGAUCUGUGGGCUCCCUAACUCGGCUGAGGGGGGAUUAAUAAAGUUCAGCUGGGGAUCUG